AUGAAAUCUUUAUUUAUUAUUUUGUUUAUAUCUUAUUAUGUCAUAAAGAAACAUUCUAAUUGUUCAUCAAUUAUUUCUUUAUCUUCUUUAAAUUCUACUAAAAUUAGUGUAAUUCAAAAUUUUGUUCUUUUAAUACAUAAAACAAAUAAUUUUUGUCAAGCUAAUCAAUUCUGUUCAAAUUAUGGUAAAAUAAAUAAUCAAAUUUCAAAUGUUAUUGGACAAAAUUAUAAAUUAGCUAUAAAACAUUUUUUUAAUUAUUCAUUUUGGAUUAAAAUUAAUCAAAUGAAUAUUUUACAAAUAAAAUAUUCAAAUUCAACAAAUUUUUGGAUAAAUGAAUAUUCGAAAUUAAUUUUAAUGAAUGAAUUAGAAUCAAAUUUACGUUCCUAUGGUAAUCAUAAUGAACAAUUUCAAUAUCAUGGUAAAUAUAAUACAUUUUAUAAUCAUUUCGAUGGUAAAUUACAAACUACUUUAUCAAAUAGAAUUGAUGAAAUUAAUAUUAUUUGUGAAAUAAAAGAUUAUACAAAUCAUAAUGAUUUUAUUCAAUUAAGAUUAUUUCAAAAAUGUUUAAAUGUAAGUAGUGAAGAGUUAUUUUCACCACAUAAAAAUUUUGAUGGCUGUUAUAUACAAAAUAUUAAAUCAAGUUUACAAUAUUGUGCUUACAGUUGUGCAAAGGAUGAAUACUGUACACGUUUCUAUUAUAAUAAUUUAACAAAGGAUUGUAUUGUUACACAAUAUAUCGUAUCUCUAAUUCCAACUUAUCAUGAAAACAGAGGAAACGGAUGGGAUUGUUAUUCAUUGAAUGUUAAUAAUUAA